AAAUUCCAGAUAUAACAGAGGCAGUAAUACAUUAUAAUAAUAGACCUAAUAAUGAAAAUGACAAAUUUGAAUUAUUAGACCCUGAUAGUAAUGAAAACAAUAGUGGUGAAGAUGAAUUAUUAGAAAGUGAUAAUAAAAAUGAGAUUGUGAAGUCAUCUGAAUUGGAAAUAGAGUCAGCAACUAAAAGGAUAUAG